AUGUCCCCUCAAACCCAACAAGACCUCUUAACCCUCUACGAUGUCCCAACAAAACGCACAGACGUCUCCUCCUGGUCCCUCAACGUGUGGAAAACUCGCAUGGUUCUCAAUUACAAGAACAUUUCCUACAAGACCGUUUCGGAACCCCCCCCCCCCAUUGUCCCUAAGCCUAAUGGACCGCCGCAGAGUCCGUAUACUGUCCCUGCUGUCCGGUUUCCUGAUGGGACGUAUGUGAUGGACUCGGCGAAUAUCGUUGUGGAGUUGGAACGGUGGUAUCCGGAGAGGAGUUUGAGGCUUGCGGAGGGCACGCAGGAUGAGGUGUCUAAAUUAUUUGGUGGGGCUGUGAUGCCGUUGUUGCCGAUGAUUUAUGGGCACAUUGCCGCUUCCAUUCUGCUUGAUGAGAGUGUAGUAGAGUGCAAAGCUAAGAAAGAGAAGGCUGCGGGAGCGCCGUUUGAGGAGUGGGUCAAGGCGAAUAGGGCCGUUUAUUUGGGGAGUAGGGUGAGUUAUGGGGAUUUUGCGGUGGCGGGGUUGUUGGAGACUUGUAAGAGGUUUUCAGAGCAGGGGUUGUUUGUGAGGAUGAUGGGGUUUGAUCAGAAUGGGGUGUUGAAGGGUUUGCAUGGGGCUUGUGUGAAGGAGGGGUGGUUUGGGAAGGAUGAUUGA